GGAUAAAGCCCAAAGGCCGAAGAGGGAAUUCAAAAUAAAAAAGCAAAGGCCUUUUAAUGCACAGAGCAAAUUCAAAAUGACCAACGGAUCAUAAGUUCAAAUUCGAGAUCAUCAUUCUCUCUCUCUCUCCCCCUCUCUCUCUCUCAUGGAUUCAGGAACUCCAUCAAACGCCAAAGCCUUGGAUUCUUCUUCAAUCUCCCAGGUCAGAGUGAUCGUUAGGGUUCGUCCAUUUCUUCCCAGGGAGAUCUGCGAAAAGGACGGUGAUGCGAGGCCUUGUGUUUCCGUUCUCGAUGGCAAUCCCAGAGACGCCAGUGAAGUCGCUGUUCACCUAAGGGAUCCGGAUACUAGUCGAAACGAAUGUUAUCAGCUAGAUGCGUUUUUUGGGCAAGAAGACGACAACGUCAAGCAGAUCUACGAUAGUGAAGUGAAACCCUUAAUUCCUGGGACUUUUCAGGGGUUUAACGCUACGGUGCUUGCUUAUGGAGCAACCGGAAGCGGGAAGACGUUUACAAUGCAGGGGACCGAUGAGCUGCCAGGCCUGAUGCCGUUGACCAUGUCUACGGUUCUGUCUAUGUGCGAGAAGAUGGGGGCUAAAGCAGAAAUCUCCUAUUAUGAAGUUUAUUUGGACAGAUGCUGGGAUCUCCUAGAAGUUAAAGCCAAAGAAAUUGCUAUUUGGGAUGACAAGGACGGACAAGUGCAUCUUAAGGGACUGUCUCGUGUCCCAGUCAACUCGAUGUCUGAGUUUCAUGAGGCCUACUCGUGUGGAAUUCAGCGACGGAAAGUCGCACACACUGGUCUGAACGAUGUCUCAAGUAGGAGUCACGGGGUGCUUGUGAUCUCAGUGACCUCUCCUUGUGCCAUUGGUUCGGAAGGGUUUGUCAUAGGAAAAAUCAAUCUUAUUGAUCUGGCAGGUAAUGAAGACAAUAGGAGGACGUGCAAUGAAGGAAUCCGUCUUCAAGAGAGUGCAAAGAUCAACCAGUCAUUAUUUGUAUUAUCCAAUGUGAUUUAUGCCCUGAAUAACAAUCAGUCUCGAGUGCCGUACAGGGAAAGCAAAUUGACUCGGAUCUUGCAGGAUUCACUAGGAGGGACAAGCAAGGCUCUGAUGGUUGCAUGUCUGAAUCCUGGAGAAUACCAUGAAUCUGUUCGCACCGUUAGCUUGGCUGCAAGAUCAAGGCACAUCUCAAACCAUGUUUCUUCAACCCCAAAGGUAGAAGCUUCCAAGGUUAGGGUAGACAUGGCGGAGAAAUUGCAAGCUUGGCUUGAAUCAAAAGGCAAGACAAAGAGCGCUCAUAGAAUGACAGCACUCCGUUCUCCGCUGAUGGGCAGAACCCCAAGUUGUCUAAGCUCGAUUAAGAAAACUGAACACCAAAAAUCAGCAAUAGCAGAAGGCACUACAAAUCAGAAACAAGUUCACACAGGACGGAGGGAUGCAUUUGUAACUGCCAGGAACUUAUUCAAUGAUGAAACGACGGCUUCCUUACACUUACCGGUAUCAUUACAGAAUCUGCACCUGUCUUCACCAAACAAAGAAGAGAAGAGAGAGACCUCAACCGAAGUGAAGCCUUUGAAAUCAGCUGCAAACAAGUCAGAUGACCCAUUGGAGAAUUACGAAAAGAGUGCAAGGCCAAAGAAGUGCUCUGAACUAAGUCCUUUCAGAAAAGCUCUAUCUCCUAUGGACUCGAAUGCUGAACAAUACCCAGAAGGGGGGGAAGCCACAGUCUCUGAUAUGCAGUGUCCAUCUACCCUUGAGCCAAAAACUCCAAAGACACCUUCCCUUGCUGCAGAUACAAAGAAUUCGCAAAUGGGUUUUACCCCUUUUGAGAAGUUCAAUGCUUGGAGCACAAGUGUGAAGAGCUCUCUGGUACAAGAAUACAUCGACUUCUUGAACACUGCUAGCAGAGAGGAGCUACUGGAACUGAAGGGAAUCGGACAGAAAAUGGCGGAAUACAUACUGGAUCUAAGGGAAACAAGCCCCUUAAGAUCGCUAAAUGACCUCGAGAAGAUAGGUCUCUCAUCAAGACAGGUACUUCAACUCAACCCUUCUAUCCAUUCACCAUCACAUAAAAUCUCACACAAAUACCAAAGCCUAGUUGUCGGGACCUAUUGCCACGAGCUUUUAGAUCCCCUCUGACAUAUUUUCUAAACCCGCGAUCAUCAUCAUUCAACCCGUGUUAACGUUCCCUCGUUUCAGGUCCACAACAUGCUCAAAAAAGUCACUGAAGGAGUGCUCGAGAGACCAGAAUCUUCAAAGCCAUCUGCAACAACACCCUGUUGACCUCGAUCUC